AUGAAGGCAGACCCUGCCAAGCUGGCCGACAAGAUGCUGCGUACCCCCAAGUGCUCGCGGUGCCGGAACCAUGGUUUCCUGGUGCCGGUCAAGGGCCACGCGGGCAAGUGCCGCUGGAAGCAGUGCACCUGCGAGAAGUGCUCCCUGAUCACCGAGCGCCAGAAGAUUAUGGCAGCGCAGAAGGUGCUCAAGAAGCAGGCCUCCGAGGAGGAGCAGGAGAUGGCCCUUGGCGCGCACCGGCCGGAGCUGUUGUCUGGGGCUGCGGCCGCCGCCCCGGGCUCAAGCCUCCGCCAGCUGCUUCCGCUGGCAGUUUCCGGAGACCGGGAGGUAGGCCCGGAGUGCCGCGUGGCCGCGGGCUUCCCGGAGAGGCCCCCGCGGGGCCCGAGCCCGGGCCCGAGUGCCUUCCAGCCAGUUCUGGGCGGCCGCGGCCACGUGGGGCUGAGCGAACGAGCCACUGCGGCCGUGCCCAGUUCCGUGGGGCUCCAGCUCGGGGCGGAGGCCGCAGGCAAGGGCUACUCCGGCUGCUUGGAGCUGCGCAGGCCGCUGCGGCCCGUGCCCAGCCCGCCGUUCGCCGACUUCGGGCUCUCUCUGAGCAUUAGCUCAGAUUGUGUGAUGGGGUCCGAGUACCUGGAGAGAGAGCCUUCCAAGCUGUACCCCAGCUGCUCCAACAUGCAUUCCUACUGCCCAUUCCCACUGGGCUACCAGGAUGGAUCCCCCACUCCGGGGAUCCCCCUGCAGCGGGGCUUCCGGCACGUGUCCUGCAGCCACUUCCAUGGAGGAGCCUUGGUGCCUGAGCCGGUGGGAGACUUCCAGCCCAGCUACUACCCGCCGCCGCCGCCGCCGCCGCCGCCGCCGCCGCCAGCCCCGCAGCCUCAGUUCCUCCCGCCGGGCUUCCUGUCUGCGCUCCACUUCCUGCCGCCGCUGCCGCCGCCCCCGCCGCCGGCCUCCUUCUCUCUCGCUGUCCCGUCUGAUGCGGACAAGGAAACCGCUGACAACCAGGACCAGGACCAGGACGCGGAGGGGCCCGAGGCGCCACCCCGUGAGCCCAGCCAGCCGUCCUCUCAGGAGCCGUCUGACUAGGCCCGGGCACUGGGGCCCGUGGGCUGGGGGCGUGGGGGUGUAACAGCAAUGAUGUUCUUGUCCACAUUCGGCCAUGUGUAGGGAGGAAGGAUAGUGGUAGGUAUAAGAUGGCAGUUAAUUUCCAUUUCAAGACAGGAGGGAGGAGGGUGAUUUCUAAAGUUCUCUCAAUCCUGAGAUGUGGCAUUGACCAGGAGCGUGGAGGAUGGUUAGCAGGGGAGGGCCAGGGCUCUGAGGAUUGCGGGGCUGGUGGAAGCUCACAUUUAGGAAUGAAUUUAACCGAGUCUGGGUUGUGUGGCUGUUAAACUCACUCCCAGGUGCGGUCUUUGAUUUCCUCAGGCCCCGCUCUAGCACAGGAGGCACCAUCUAUUUCAGCCUUCUGCUUCUGCCUCUGUUUGGUCCCAGCUGGGGGCAGCACAGACACCAAGCGCCCCUGCACAUCCAGGUGGCCGGUGUGGGCAGCGGGGCCCCGGGCGCUGACAGCCGGUUCUGCAGCAUCCCUCCCUGUUGCCCUGUCCCGCGAGGGCUGCCUGGCCACUGCCCCUUGCCCCUUCUCCACGGGGCUUCACUAAGCAUUCUGACCGCUGAGGCUGCUUCAUCUCCCCUCCAUAAAGUUCAAGCCACUAUAGGCAUCAUUUCUGGUUAAAAAAAGUCUAUUAAAGUUUGACUAUUUGAUAUUUUUAUAGUGAUUGCCAACUUUAAAAAGUAGGCUGUUCAUAAGCACUGAUGCUGUUCUCAGAGAGUAGAAUGGUGCUUCUAAAUCCCCCCUGUAUCCGUUUCUUUGGGGACAGUAGACUGUUGAAAUAAAAUAAGCAGUAGAAAUUGUCGUGGAAGGUUUAUUCUCUCUUUAAAUCCUUGUGGGAGGAUGGUGUUGGAUAAGGGGUCGGGUCUGGGUCUGGCAGGUCCCUCCCUAACCUACCUCCCCUCUCCCUUUGCCUCUGUUAGCCAGCGAGAGGCUUGGGCCAGGCUACUAGAUUUCUGACUAUCAUUAUUGGUAUUAUCACCAUUUUUUUUAAGCAGUGGAGACCUUUUGAGCAAAUCUGAUGCAGACCCAAAAUAUAAAGAUUUCUUUUAGUUUCCCUCACCCAGCUGUAGGGGUGACAGAGAAGACCUUCUGGAGAAGUUGGGGUCUCAACUCCAUCUUGAAGGUGAAAGUAGCACUCCCAGUAGGGGGUUGCACAGAGUAGGGGACUAGAUUGAAGGAUUCUGGGUGAGAGACCGUGUCUUGUUCUCUGUCCAGGGAAGGACUGGAGUCAAGAAAACAGGCUGACCUGCUUCCUGCCUGGCCUAUAGGCAGGGGUGUCCCAGCACCCUUAUAGGACAGGUGGCAGGACAAUCUCUGAGAAGUGAUACUUGGCUGUUCUCCCAACGUCAGUGCGGUGGCUGGGCCUGGGCCUGCUCUGUUGGAAGGCACUGGAGCAGGAUACAGUCCUAGGAAUGUUUCAGUUACUGCUUUACAGACGAUUCUUUGAGUGGGGCCGACCUAAGUACGCCAAGGCCUGUAGGUCAGCAUUGGCUUCAGUCUGGACCAGAUGAUGUGAUUUUGGACUAGCCUGGUUUUGAGGCUGAAGCUCCUCCCACCCCAGCCCUCCCCUCACAACAGUGCUGGUCCUGCCCCUAGGUUCACAGGACCGCAGGAGCCCUGGUUUCCAGUUGGCCCCAUUCCCCCUGACCUCAUUGGACCCUGGCCUGUCAGUACGGCCAAGUAAGGCUGGAUUAGUGCCCCUACUUAUUCAUUACACUUUUAUUUUAGACUCCAUGUUUUGAAAGAUUUUUCAACCAAGCUGCAUUAAAGUAUUUCUGAUCAAUGCACACAGGUAUGAGAGUCUGACCACAUGGACUCCAUAACAUUCCAGACCAAUGCAAGGACACAGGAUGUUUAUUUAGCCUGUGGGGUUUGAGAUUGGAAGCUUUGGCCUGCUGAGAAGGGCAGUGUCCUGUUGCUGGAGUCCAUGUCCACAGGACUCCACAGAGGGGACAAUUGCUCAGUUCUUCUACAGGCCUAUGAUCUGAUGAAUCUCUGGAGACUAGCAUCUUUCCUGGAAACUUGGCAGAUGGGGUGAAAAGAACCGUGGGGCAGGGUUGGAGACUUGCCUUCCUCCCUUACCCCUGGUGUGAAGCCCAAGUUCUGAUAGCCCCAGCUUGUUCUCACCGUGCUUAACUUACCUCAGAGGGGUCACUGGACCCCUGCUCUCUGUUGCCUUCCCAGUCAAUCCGGUCUUUGCUCCCUGAAUGCCCUGUUCCUCCAGGCUGUCCUUCAGCAGCAGUGGCAUGAGCACUGAAACACCAGAUCUGUGCAUGUUGCUACCUGGCUCACACACCUUCUAUGGCUCCCUACUGGUCUGGGGCCAACAUCUUCAACACAGUCAGCCUGCCCACCUCUCCAGCCUCCUCUCCUCACAGGCUGGCCCAGCCCGGUCUUGCAGGAGUAGAGUCUGCCAGGUCCAGGCAGAAAAGUAUGGGAAGAGAGAAACGGAGCCAGCAGCAGCACUACUCAUCCCUGACGGCUGAGGCUUGGCUAUAAGCUGGGAGAAUGUUCUGGAAGGCAGCUGGCUGGCAUUGCCUGACGCCGGAUGUACUAUCAGAGCGCCGUCGGGGGGGGGGGCGCGGGCAGCAACUGUGGGCGGGGCCCGUUGCCUAGCGACUGGCCGCAGAGAAGCGCGCAGGUCCGACGCCCGCGGAGCCGAAGAAUAGUUUUUCUGCAGCGCCCGGCUUGAAGCGCCCCCCAGAGACCUGGGAUCUCCGGGGGAGAUCAAAAUGAUGAGCCUCUAGGGUGGGCUGUGUGAUUGCCAACUGCUCAGCAAUCAUCUUUGCACUGCCCUGCCUGUGAAAUAGGUGCCCUUCUAUCCGUCUUCAGACACCAGUCCCAACCCCAACCCCCGUCCCUUGGCUUAUUCCUCUCCUUUCUCUCCUUUCUGCACUUUCACGCAUGCGGAGUCCUCUACCUAGACUCCUUCCAGUUUCACCUACUCAUCUUAGCUCCGCUGCCCCCUCCUCCAGACCAACUCAGCUUGGGUUAGGAGGCUUCUGCAGGGCCUGUCCAGGCCCUCUGUCGCCCUUUCUCACCUGGACCCCACUGAGUAGAUGUCCCUCCUCCCACAAGUCUUCAAGCUUCCUGGAGGCAGAGACAAGGUGUUGUUUCUUCCUGUGUCCCCAGCUCCCAGUGUGGGCUCAGCAUUGGUGAGGCACGUACUAUCAAGUGCCUGUUACAGAACGAAAAGCUGAAUCUCAGGGUCACCUUGGGCAUUUGGGGUGGAGAGUUGAGUUGCCCUGCCUCUGGCCACCCACCGCAGCAUCUUUUGCCUUAAGGUUUGUGCUCUGUCUGCUGGGAGUCCACAGGGGGCAGAGGAACAGGGAGUGAGCCUUUGCUGAGACUACACUGUGUGCCAAGCACCACACUCCUUCCCUCACUGAAUCUUCACAACAAGCCAGGGAAGAGGUGUAUUAUCCCUAUUUGAUGAAGGAAAGUGAGGCAAAGAGAGGGAUAGUGAUUUGCCCAAAGUCACAUAGCUUCUAAGUGACCAAGGGGGUGCAGAGGGCCACAUACAUCCCUGAGCACAGCUACAGAGUUUGUAAUAUCCAUUUCUCCCUGAGUUACUAUCUUCAGAUUUGUUUUUAAACCAGGUGAAUGCACCCUAGUUUCUGAGCAGGUUCAAACAUAGCAUAGGGAGAGCGGCCUAAGGACACUGGCCUCUCGAAACCACUGCCACCUUCUGACCACAGCACCCAGAGCCCCCUGAGGAAAUGCUAAAGUAGGCAUUGUGGUGACCGGUGUGGAAAGGGCUCUUGGGAUCCCUGGGCUUGAAGGCGGUCAGCAUCUGCUGGUGCCUGAGCUCCGAUCGUGGCCUGGGGUUCACCGUAAGCACCACUGUGUGAGCCAGGAUUGACAGAAUGCUUGUUCUUGAGGUUCGUGUGGAGCAAGGAGGUGUGUUUUCUAAGGCUGCACUAAUAGGUUUGGUCCCCAAAACCCUCCUGGAGAGCUCUCCCACCAUGACACCCCCCCUCCAGUCUUCCUGGAGAGAGGGGGUGUUCUGCACCUUCUUGUAGACAAAACACACCCCUCGGGACCCGGGGCAGGGGACGAGAUCCUCUCUCUCUGCAGCUCUGGGGAUCCUCACAUCUCCUUCCACUCCUGGGUACUGUAGUCUUGGUGGACCUGGGCCUACGUUCCUCUUACUGGGGAGCUGCUCAGAGACCCUGGAUGAGUCAUGGCCUCUUCUCAUUGGCCAAGGCUCAGGGUCUUCAGGCCCUGCUCUUCCUCCUUGCCUUUCCCUAGCUGUGUGUUCUUGGGCACAACCCAUAUCCUCUCUGGCCUCCCUUUGCCCCCCGUAACAUUGGUUUAGGGGCGUGCUGAGAACGCAGGGAGCUCUUGCAUGAAAUACCACCUCUGAUGCCACCUUGGUGUAGGGUGUCUGUGGUACCUGUAUCGUCGGAUGAUUGUCAGCAGCCUCUUCUUUAAAACUGUGUCAGGUGGGGAAGACUUGCAAAGCCCAGUAGCUGUGGCUCUUUACUUCCUGGUGCUCCCUAUGUACCAGGCACUGUACUGAGCACUUUCCACAAAUUCUCUCUGUGAAUUCUCACAGUGACCCCCACCCCCCAGGCAGGCACCAUAACACCCCCGUCUGCAGAGGGCAAGAUCGACGCCUACAGAGGUCAGGUUCUUGUGCUUGGCCAUACUGUCUAUAAGUGGCAGAGCUGGGGCUAAAUCCGAGUUCCACCCGAGUCUAGAGCUGAGGUCCUAGCCAUCUUAUGCUCUCUUGCUCCCCCACAAGGGAGAGGCAUGAGUCUUGGGAGGUUGUGGAGCCUCCUGGGAUGUGCUGCCCAGCCCAGCUGCUCUCCAAGAUGUGGACAGGCUGCGUACACACAGCAACUUGGCUCAGUUCUCACACAAGGAAUGAAAUCAUUUAAAUUUUUUUCCCCCAAGCCCUGUAAUUUCAUUUUGAAAAUUGGAACAAAGAAGCAUGAAGUCAGUUUUUAAGGAAAUGAGUAUUAAUAACAUAUUAAUAUUUUAAUCGAAAUCCUUUCACAGGGUUGCUGGGAAAUUUAUCAAUAAUAAUGCUUGCAAUUCAAGUGUAACCUGGGAAAUAGUUUUGACUUUGACUGGGGUAAUUUCUUCUCAUGCUCAUUUCUUCAUCUCUCCCCAGGAGAUGUUUGUUUGUUUUUCUUUAAAAAUAAUUAAUUGUGAAUAUAAGGAAUGCAUGGAAAUCGUACACAAUUUAUAAGUAUAAGCCAGAAACAGAUUUUCCCCCACUUCCCUUGUCCCCUCUUGUUUCUCUCCUCAGCAGUGUCCCCCUUUCUGUGUGUGUCUCCUCCCAGAGACAAUUUGUACAAGCUUUAUUAUGUUGAACUAAUCUUUAAUUUUGAGAUAAUUAUAUAUUCGCAUGCACUUGUCGGAAAUAACACAGAGAAAUCUCAUGGACGCUUGACCCAGUUUCCCCCAAUGGUUACAUGAUGCAAAACUAUAGUAUAAGAUCACAACCAGAACAUUGACAUUGGUACAGCCCACCCAUUUAUUCAGAUUCACUUUUACCUGUUACAUUUGAGUUAAUUUUUGUAUAAGGUGUGAAGUUUAGGUUGAAGUCUCCUUUUUUUUUUUGGCCCAUGGAUGUCCCAGUGCUCCAGCACCAUAUAUUGAAAAGACCAUCCUUCCUCCAUUGAAUUGUUUUUACACCUUUGUCAAACAUCAAUUGAGCCUACUUGUGUGGGUCUAUUUCUGAGGUUUUUAAUCUGUUCCAUUGAUCUGCUUAAAAAAAAAAAAAAAAAAGCCACACAAAUGGUAGCAUAUGAUCCAUGCUGUUCUGCACAUUUCUCUUUUCAUUAACACCAGAUCGGGGCUUCUGAGCCUUUUUUGAGCCAUGGACCCCUUUGUCAGUCUGGGAAAGCCUCUGACCCCUUCACAGAGUAGUGUUUUAAAUGGAUAAAAUAAAACACAUAAGGUUACAGAGGAAACCAAUUAUGUUUAAUAUACUUGUCAAAAUAGAGAAAUACAUUUGUGGUUUAGUAAUACAUGCAUUUCUUUACUAAUGCAUUAAAUAACAAGAUCGAGCGGUGGGUGUAAUCAUUAUUAAUAGUUUCAAAGUCGUGAUGUAACUGAUAUUUCUGAGAUACCUGCAGCAACUGUAAAGCCGUAUGAGAAAAUCGGUGACUUCUCUGGUGACCAAGUCACUGAUAAUUCUUCCAGGGUUUGCGGCCUAAAUUCAUAAUUGAAGGAAACACUGAAUUACAGUUAGAGGUUAGCGAAAAUUAAGAUGUAAUUCUUCCCCAGCCAAAUUCACAGAGCCCUUAAUUCACUCCCUGACCCAAGUCAUGAACUUCUUCUGCAUUCAAGUUUGGAGAGACUCCUGGCUGUCUCAUUCUUGUUAGCCCCUGUGUAGUAUUUCGUUGAAGGGAUUCGUCGUCCUUUACUUAACCAGUGCCCUGCUAUGAGACUUUGAGGUGGUUUCCAAUCAUUUGCUGUGACUGUUAAUUUUAUAUAUGUUUUUCUCCUGCUGGAAUUUUCUUCUCAAGUGGGGCGAUCCAGCUGACCCCUCAGCAAUCAGAGACCCUCGGCCGGUGACACACACACAGCUGAUCUGCGGAGGGCAUCCUGGCCAGCAGGCUCCAGCCCACGCCGUCUCCCUCCUUCUGGGGCUGUCCACUCCCCACACCGGGACAUCCAUCCCCCCCUGCCCCGCACGCGCUGGCUAGGGAUCCCACUGUAGCCAUGGCAAGCCAACAGGCAGGCAGGCUGGGGAGGGUUCCCCAAGCUGGGCAGCAUCCUGUGAGCAGAUGUACAGCUCCUCUGAGCCUUUGUGCUACAUUUUAUUAACAGCAGAGAGUAAGAUGCUAACAUUCUAUCAUGUCAGCUCUUGCAUUUGAGCUAGCACAGGCAUGGGCCUGUCAGUAAUUAGCUGCUGGGUGGUGUCUUUUCUUCAUCUUUUUUCUUUUUAUAAUUGGAAUCAGAACAUCUUUUUUCUUUCUUUCUUUCUUCUUCUGAGUAGUAGACGCGGUCCAUGGAACAUUCUGUGGGGACUUGGCUGUUUUUCCACAUUCAUGGGCAAUUAAUUCCCAGCUCUAAGCCAGUUCCCCAGCAAACACUGAGUUGCCUUCUGAUGUCGUCAGCCAUUUGCCAAAACAAUUGCCCCCCCUUCGC